UCUCAACUCGUCCAUCAACAUUAUCCCACUUCAGUCAUAUUUUGUUCAUUUGGGAGUGAGACAUUUCUGAGUGAUGAUCAAAUCAAUGAACUAGCACUUGGGUUAGAACUUACUGGUUUACCAUUCACUUUGGGUCUGAAUUUUCCAUCCAAUCUUUGUGCAAAAACUGAGUUGGAAAGAGCAUUGCCAAAAGGGUUUUUGGAAAGAGUGAAAGAUAGAGGAAUGGUGCACACUGGUUGGUUACAGCAGCAGCUUAUUCUAAAACACAAUAGUGUUGGAUGUUAUGUUUGUCAUGGUGGUUUUAGUUCUGUGAUUGAAGCUAUGGUUAAUGAUUGUCAACUUGUGCUAUUACCUUUUAAGGGUGACCAGUUUUUCAAUUCUAAGCUCAUUGCUAAUGAUUUGGAGGCAGGGAUUGAGGUGAAUAGGAAGGACCAAGAUGGAUAUUUUCAUAAAGAAGAUAUUUUGAAGGCAGUGAAAACUAUCAUGGUGAAUGAUGAGAAAGAGCCGGGGAAGAGCAUAAGAGAAAACCACAUGAAAUGGAGGAAGUUUAUGUUAGAUAAAGAAAAUCAGAAUAAAUUUAUCAUUGAUCUGGUUUCUCAGCUGAAGUCUUUGGCUUAAUGCAUGAUUGGAAUCAUGGUGAUUUUCAUCUGAACUGUAGCUUUUGCAAGAUCACGAUGGAUCACCUUGAUUCUGACAUACUCACUACGGAUCUAAAGAUGCAUCCACUCCUUAUGUGUUCUAUAUUACUUCUGUUUUACCUACUUUGUUGCAGGCUCCGGCACUUACUGUUGUUCUGAUUGUAAUAGGAUUUACUUCCUGUCUGUUGUAGAAUUUGUUGUAAUAAAACCAGUUGAUUCAUGAGUCAUUGAUAUCAUGUGAAAUUUUAAUGUUUAUUUUUAUCUUAAAAUUAAAA